AGACUGCAGUUAGAACAGCAGAAAAAGGAUGGACGCAUGCUAGCAGAAUCAAAGGACCAGUGACGGGCCCAACCCCCGAGUGGCAGGUGACCAGCCACCCCGGAGACCUGACAUUAAAGAUUCAGAAGAAAAAUCAUUCAUGAGCAAACAUCGAGUAGAAUAUGCACCGGAACCAUAUUAUACUGAGGAAGGACUAAUUCUAGCGCGGAUGUUAAAAUAAAGUGUGGGGACCCCAAGUGUCACUGUUAUCCGUUUGUAUGCUACAUCUGUAAAGUAUGCGGGGACAAGUGGUGGAGUCACUGUAGGCGAAGGGUUCCCCCUAGAGGGGUUUGUAUUCCUUGCUGGACGCUCCAGCGGAACUUAACUGAUUGGAUCUUAAAGUAUAAGGUGGUGCAUGAAGGAUUAAUAAAAAAAGAAUCUAAAAAAUGGUGGAAGAUCCUUGCAUAUGGGAUUGAGCCAAAAUAUUAUUGCUAUCAUCCUAAUGAGCCAAUCCCCUUUAUAGUUGAAAUUAUUAAUUGCACCUGUCGUACCCACCUGAAGGGAAUCCGGUGUGAUACACCUCAGGUUAAGAACUGUAACUGGGAUUCCUAUGUUAAGAGGCAAAAAGAGCGACAGAAUUGCCCCCAGGGGUCUCCUGAAGAAUACUCUUGCUGCCGAGAAGAUGGUACCCCUCGUGGCUCGAAGCAACCGAGUCGACGAGCGAGGCAGAGGAGUAGAAAGCUGUGGAGGAAAGAACCCCCAGAAUGGGAUAAUAAAACUACGCUCAUGGAAAUGCCUCAGAAGUAAGAUUAAGAGCAAGGAUCCCUGGAGGGAGGGCAGGUCGCAGUGUGUAAAUUGGAGGAAUCCUCGAACAUACUUUUGUACUCCCCAUGCCUUUAGUGAUGCUCGUUGCUUGACCCGGCAUAUUACCCUCCUUGUGCUUACAUUGUAUUUAAAUGAAGCUAGCGCAACAGAAUCCCUAUCACACCAACCAUUUAAAUGGUCAUUAAUACGGUGGGAAGAUCAAAAGGUUAUACAAACAGUGACUACGCCAAGUAACCCAAGCUUUAGUUGUCAACUCUGUGAUCUUAUACAAGUAAAACCAUGCCUGAACAAAAAAGGAUUCUAUUUCUGCCCAGCAUCUAACCCAGGGAAAACCUAUUGUAACUGGCCUGGACACUACUACUGUGCAUACUGGGGCUGUGAAACAGUCGCCUUUGGGUUUUCCCCUGGAGGAGGAAAAGACAAAUAUAUCAAGGUCGGGUGGAGGCCCAGCGGGUGUCAGCCCCCAGAGGUAGGGCCAGACACAGGAAUAAAGCAGGGCGGAAAUUGUCACGGAAUUCAGAUAAAUGUGACCAAUAAAAUGGAUUCCGGAUGGGCAAUAGGAAAAACCUGGGGAGCCAGAUUAUGGGAAUCCGGUACAGAUCGAGGUGGGCACUUUCUGAUAAAAAGGGAAGAGAUACCACCGAGUGCUGAAGCCAUAGGCUCCAACGUAGUUAUUAACCCCCCUAUAGAAAUUCAGUCCCAGGGUAAUCGAGCGGCAGAGGAAGACCACACUGCUCAAACACCGACUAUUUAUAAUCAAAGCAGAGACAGCCAGCAGCAUGGUUAAUCCCGGCCGCCAAUACCAGAUGGGUCUGCCAAAGCAUAGGAAUAACUCCUUGUUUGUCCCUUGAAGUUUUUAAUCAUACUCAUGACUAUUGUAUUCAGGUAACCAUCAUACCUAGAACUACUUACCACCCUAAAGACUAUGUUUUCAAGCAACAUAUCACCCCUGAACACCACUUGAUGAGGAGGGAACCUUUCACCACCCUAACCAUAGAAACCCUCUUAACAGUAGGAGGAGUGGGAGCUGGAACAGGAAUAACCUCACUAAUUAGCCAGCAAAAAGAGUUUAAAGCACUAAGGAUCUCUGUAGACGAAGAUUUAAGUAAAAUAGAGCAAGCAAUUGACAGAUUAGUCAAGUCAGUCAGGUCACUGUCAGAAGUGGUCCUACAGAAUCGCAGGGGACUAGACUUACUGUUUUUACAACAAGGGGGUCUUUGCGUAGCACUCAAAGAAGAAUGCUGCUCCUAUGCCGAUCACACCGGAGUGGUAAUAAACACCAUGAACAAAUUAAGAAAACAGCUAGAACAAAGGAAACGAGACAGGGAAGCAUACCAAAGCUGGUAUGAAAACUGGUUUAAUCAUUCCCCCUGGCUGACUACAUUGCUUUCAACCAUUGCAGGACCAUUAAUUUUGUUAGUGCUUGGACUCACCUUUGCACCAUGUAUAUUUAAUAAACUAAUUUCUAUAAUAAGAAGCCGCUUAGAAGCAGCACACCUUAUGCUUGUUAGAGCUAAGUAUAAACGAAUACUUGAAGAAGAAAACUUAAAAACAUUAGAACUGGCUAAACAAGAAUUACAAAGAUUCAGUGAACAAAAAUGAAUAAAGAAGAGAAAUGGGGGAUUGUGAAGGAUACAGGAUGCUUUGUUCACUAAAUAUCAAGUAGCAGGAAACCAGCUGCCUAUACCUAGAUAAGAGCCAGAGACAAAUAUGUGCUUGCCUAAUCCCUAUCUGUACUUGCUUAAUCAGCUUUUAGUUCCAGGACCUUGAGCAUAAUGACCAUACAAGGAGAGGUCAACCAAAAGACACCGGAGGAUGACUACUAACCUUCAUUCUGCGACCACCAGGAGGAAAAAAAGACCCCCUAGCAACAAGUCACACCUGCGUAGAAUGCCAUGAAAAAGACACAUUAACCGGAAAAGAGACUGUAUAAGAAGGAACUGGAACUGGCGAAAGGUGCGGCAGUUGGUGGAGCGGAGACUCCCCUGCCGCCCAGCGCUGUAAUUGCUUUUGCCUUGCUUGCUUGCUGCUAAUAAAUAAAAUUGUAAUUAGCA